CCUCGCCGCCCACAGAUAUAAGUAGUACCUGGCCUUCCGUGCACCCGCCCUGCGCGUGCGACAUACUUGCCUUGCUGCAUCGUCGGACCCUGUUCAGUAGUGCACUUUUCACCCACUAGACGUCAACUCCCCCAAUGCCGCGCAGUUACUCCCUCGACGAGGUGUCAAAGCAUGACUCCUCCAGUUCAUGUUGGGUUAUCAUCAGGAACAAGGUCUACGAUGUCACUGAGUUCCUACCAGACCAUCCAGGAGGUACCAAGAUCAUCCUCAAGUACGCAGGAAAGGACGCCACCUCCGCGUAUGAGCCUAUCCAUCCACCGGACGCUCUAGACAAGAACUUGCCUCCUGAGAAACAUUUAGGUGAGCUCGACAGUGCCGCAGCGAGCGCAGUCAAGGAGGCCGAGCAGAGCCGGAAGAAGACGAAAGAUGAGCUACGAGUAGAGGCGGCGCAGCAGGCCAAACCACCUCUCAGCAGGAUAUUGAGCUUGUGGGACAUCGAGGAUGUCGCACGCAAGGUUCUUUCUUAUAAAGCGUGGGCGUACUACUCGUCAGCGGCCGACGAAGAGCUCACCCACCGAGAGAACAUACGCGCGUUCUCGCGGAUCUUCUUCCACGCUCGCGUCAUGCGCCCAGUCUCAUAUUGUGACCCAUCGACGACAAUCCUGGGCUUCAAGUCGUCAAUACCGGUAUUCGUGAGCGGCGCCGCCCUCGCACGGCUGGGACAUCCCUUAGGCGAGGCCAACAUUACUCGCGGCGCCGGCCGCACGGGCAUCAUCCAGAUGGUCUCCUCCAACGCUUCCCUCUCUUACGCGCAGAUCGCAGAAGCGCGCCUCGCGCCGGACCAGCCGCUCUUCUUCCAGCUUUACAAGCGCCGCGACGACGCGCUCGCGGAGCAGCGCGUGCGCGAGGUCGUCUCUCUCGGGUACAGCGCCAUCUUCCUCACCGUGGACGCUGUCGUCCCGGGUAACCGCGAGCGCGACAUCCGCGCGCCGUUCGAGCUCGAGGCGCAGGAGCGCGAGGCGGAGAAGGUGGAGCGCGCGGACCAGGCGGAUUCGCCUGAGGCGCCGGUGCAGGACAAGGAGGAGAAGGGCGAGACGAACUUGUUGGGGACGGCGGGGGCGUUGAUCGCGAAUGCUGAUCUGGACAUGACUUGGGAGAGGACGGUCCCGUGGUUGAGGUCGUUGACCAAGUUGCCGAUCGUCAUCAAGGGGAUUCAGUGCGUCGAGGACGCAGUCCUAGCCGCCGAAGCUGGCGUUGAUGGCAUCCUGAUCUCCAACCAUGGCGGUCGACAGCUGGAAUACUCGUUGCCUUCCAUCGACGUCCUGUACAGACUGCGCAAGCAGCGGCCAGACGUUUUCAACAAGUUGGAAGUUUACGUCGACGGUGGUGCUCGCAGAGGCACGGAUGUUCUGAAGGCCCUUUGCUUGGGAGCAAAAGCAGUCGGCAUGGGUAGGCCAUUCUUGUAUGCGCAGAGUGCAUACGGAGAGGAUGGCGUUGUCAAAGUUGUCGAGAUCCUCCAGCGCGAGAUUGUGACGGGCAUGCGGCUGCUCGGUGCGAGCAGGGUACAAGACCUUGUACCAGAUAUGGUCGAGCAGGUCAACUGGCAGCCACUGGAACCGAAGUUAUAAAGCAUGUCUCGUAUUCAGAGAAGAGUUCUUGGUUUGGUUAUAUUCGAGAGUACAUUCGUGCCGUAUGGAUACCGCUCUGUGCAUCCUGCUUACUUGGC